GAUCGACGGUAACGCCACCUGCGGGCACGCUCACGCAACCAGCGCCCGCCGGUCUCAUUCGCUACUUCUUGUUUAGUGCGUUUCCGAGCAGCCGCCAAAAGCCAAAAAAAUCAUGUCUGACGACAACUCACCCGUUGCUGAGGAGAAGAAGAAGGGCAGGGGCCGCCCCGCCAAGAAGGACGUUGGAGAGGAGAAGAAAGAAACCCCCGCCGCCAAGAAGCGCGGUCGCACUCCUGCCGAGAAGUCUGAGGAGAAGAGUGGCCCCUCACCCGCCAAGCGGGGACGCGGAAGGCCAAAGGGCUCCGGGAAGAAAGCAGCCUCUAAGGCGAAGGCAAAGAAGUCGACCAGUUCAGGUCGCGGACGUGGCCGGCCUCGCAAGGCGGACAAGGAGGAGAAGGAGGCCGAGAGCGCCGGCGAGGAGGAGGAGGAGGAGGAUGACGCUGAAUAAACUGUCCGGCAGGGUCGUGUUGCAGAAAAAUUGAUUGUACCAUUACUACCGUUUGUGUGUCACCAGUCGAAAUUCUCAUUCAAACUCAUGCAUACAUAAACAUGAACCGCGUAGCAAUGUAAAAGUGGCCUUUUCCGGGCCUUUUCCCGCCACUUGUUAAUUUUGUCUCUCGUCUCGGCGCCAUCUCCGACCGACACAACUUUUAAUAGCAUGACGUCUUGUGCUUAUAAUUUUUAAUUUUUUGUGAGUGUGAACUAAAGAUUCUGCCGAUCAUUCGUGUCUCGUAGACGAAAAAUUAUUAUUGGAUCAGUGUUUGACGUGCGUUCAUCGAUCGUAGUCCGAGCUGCUUUUGGUUUUCCCCCCGGCGGCGGCAAGCCGUCAUCAAGUGCAAGUACAAAUUCUCCGACUCAAACAACCUUCAAAAAGGGAAGAAACAAACGCAACUCUGGUUGCUUACUUUGAAAGUAUUAAGAAGCUACGCCUGAAACGAAUCUCGAGCACGAAAUUAAUUUGCAGCCCGACGAAUCGUGUUUCUUAAUCGAUAGGUUUUUUUUUUAUUAAUAAAUGUCUUUGAGCGCGGCGUUGCGCUGCCCUGGCCCUGGCCCUGGAUGCAAUGCAAUUUUGGCUAGCUAGCAACUCGCGCGCGCACACCUGGCCCUGAGGUGCAAGCGGUAGUCCAGGCUGCCUCUUUUAUUUUUGUAUUCUUUCAACUUCCAACAACUCACUUCAUGGUAGCCAUAUUAAAUUUUAAGAGAUGAAUGUGUAAUUCAGGUCACAAUAAACAACAUAACACAAAG